GAAAAAGGAAACACACGACAAUAUUGUCCUGUGCCUUACGUGCGCCCGCAGCCGCGAUCUGACGGUCGCGCACUCGCACUCGCACCGCACCAACAUGGACUACGGCGCCGCCGCCUCUCACGCCGCCGCCGCGGGGCCGCCGCCGGCGGCGGAUCCCCACCACCCGCACUACCCUCACCCCUACGCCGGCUACCCUUACCCCUACGCGGCGUACAACCCGGCCGCCCCCGCCUCGGAGCCCGCCACCGCCGCCUCAUCCUCCUACUACUACCCCACCGCGGUCUCCGCCGCCGCCUCUGCCGGCCAGUACGACCCCUACGCGGCGUACCAGUACUACGCUGACCCCGCCGCGGCCGGGCCAGGCAGCGGCGGCGCCGGGGGCCUGCCGGGGUACUACUUCGGCGCCGGUGAGGCGUUUCAGGCCCCGGCAUCGUCGGCGUCGCAGGGUGCUCCGGCGGCUACCGCGGCGGCUGGCAAGGAGGCCGGGAAGCACUUUGGGUUCGAUCCUCAGCGCUACGCGCAGGCAGCAGCCGCCAGAUCUUCGAAUGGAGUGGCACCAGCAAUUGCAGCCCCAGGCAUGCACCCUGCUCAGUGGAAUGCCCAUUUCGGGCAUCCUGUGCCGAAAAUUGUUUCAAGAAAGCAUAUAAAGAAAAAGCCAAAGGUUGUGCAACCAUUGACUUGUGAAGUUUGCAAGAUUCAGUGCGAUACUCCAGAAGUUCUAAGGAUCCAUAAGACGGGAAAGAAGCACAAGAAAAACUUAGAGAGGCUACAAGACUCUAUCACACCUAAACCAGUAAAGCCUCCAAGUACUCCAAACACUGUUGCUCUUGCAGCAAAUAUGGCACCUGAUCCUGUCACUACUAGUGUCACUACCAGUGUGAUUCCUGCUGCACAAACGAAGAAGAAGAAGAGUGCUGCAGCAACCCCAGAGGAACUGGAGGUGAAGAGGAGGCGUGUACUUGACGCUGGAGCAGCUCAAGGAGAAGUGAAAAUAUGUACCGUGUGCAAUGUGGUCGUCAACAGCCAGAAAGUUUAUGAGUUUCACAUAAUUGGUCAGAAGCAUAAGGCCAUGGUACAGAAACAGCAAGCGCAGCCACCUAUAGCCUGAGGUGGAAAGCAACUAUGCUUGCUCAUUUUUCUCCGGUUCUAUUUUGUUGCAACAGAGAACAGAAUGCACAAGCUCCUGUACUCCUAAUGAAUGUAACUUAGCUAAACUGCUUGAAGAUUAUUUGGGCUCUUUGUGCCUGCCGCAGAUAAGUAGUCGGAGUUUGGAGCGAAGGUUGUCUUGUGCCUGUCUUCCAGUUGUUUAUUGACCAAUCCAAGAUUGCAGAAUGUUGCCCUCGCUAUGUGAAUUUAGCCCUGUUGUUUAAUGACAAAACGUCAAUUCGAAAUUGUAUAUUUCACCGUCGGAUGAUACUCCCUUUGUUCAA